AUGGGAGUUCUUCUUCUGUUAGCAACCGUCCUCUGCACUCAAGCGAGUGUUGUGAGUUUGAAUCCAACAAACUUCAACAACAUUGUUGACGGCACUCGUCACGUCUUUGUCAAAUUCUUUGCUCCAUGGUGCGGCCACUGCAAAAAGCUUGCGCCGGAGUACGUCAAACUUGCUGACAAAUACAAAAGCAACGAUAACAUUGUUAUUGCUGAGUUGGACUGUGACAACAAAGACCAUAAGGAUCUCUGUGGUAAAUUUGGUAUUUCAGGAUUCCCAACACUCAAGUUUUUCGCUAAAGGAACGACUGACGCCAUCGAUUAUAACGGCGACAGAAGCUUUGACGACUUGGUGAAAUUCAUCGAUGAAAAGACUCAACCAAAGGUUGCCUCAAACGUCGUUGUAGUCACUGACGACACGUUUGACACGAUCGUCAUGGACCCAACCAAAAACGUCUUUGUCAAAUUCUAUGCUCCGUGGUGUGGACACUGCAAAGCACUUGCUCCAAAGUAUGUUGAAUUAAGUAAGAUGUAUGCUGGUGAGGACGAUUUCAUUAUGGCUGAGGUCGACUGCACUGUUAACACUAAGGUCUGUGGUAAGUACGAAGUCCACGGGUAUCCAACACUGAAAUCAUUCCCAAAGGCCACCAAGACUGGUAUUGCUUAUGAAGGGAACAGAGAAGUUAAAGACUUUGUUGCAUAUUUCAACACUAACUAUGGAUAUGACAGAGACGAAACUGGAAAAGUCGGGAAGACCGCUGGUAGAAUUGCUGAAUUGGACGAUUUGGCUAAAACAUUCUUGAAGGCUGAGAACAAGGAAGAACUCAUUAAGAAGGCCAUGGAGACUGUUGGCUCCAAUUACUAUGUGAAAGUCAUGAAGAGAAUAGUUGAGAAGGGCGAGGGGUAUAUAAAGACUGAGAAGGAAAGAAUCAAGAAGAUGUUGUCUGGGUCCAAUCUUAAAGCGAAGAAGGUCGACGAUUUCAACAAGAACUUGAACGUUUUGGAAGCUUUCUAA